AUGCUUGUGUUUGGUUAUUGGGCAGCUGAAUCUUUCCGGCAAGAACGUGCGAAGAUGAAGUACUCCAACCCGAAGUACAUAAGGGACGUGACCGUGUUCACCGGGAGGAAGAGUCGCAACGACCCUUACCUGACCAACAUGACGGGUACCAUACUCAAGCCGUAUGGGAAUAAUGUCACUGUAGCUGUGGUCCUGACCCUAAAGUCUGGCGGCGACUUCAAGUUUGCAAACAAAGUGUGUGACAGCUUCAAGAACAAAUGGAUGAAUGAGUUCAUGAGCUCUUUCACCAAUUUGACCUUCAACAAGUGUCCUUUGCCUGUUGCACGUUACACAUACAUCAACAUGGAACUUCCGCCGAAGAACAUCCCGGUGCCCAUAGCUGACGGUGACCACCUCAUCAGGUUCCAACUGUAUAUCACGUCUAACAAGGAGCCGAUCCUGGAGAUUGAGACCUUGCUGCACUUCGACCAUAAUGCUAGGAAAACUAAGCCAAAAAAAGGCAAGAAAAAUUAA